AUGGAGGCGGACCCUUCCACACCACACGACACCCUCAUGAACCAUUAUAAGGAAGGCCUUGACUUGCAGAAACGCUACAACAUAGUUGCCGAUCUAGCCACAGGUAUGGACAGAGUCGAUAUGCUGGCGGACCAACUCAAGGAUCAAGCUCACUGGACAUGCUCUUGCGAGAAGCGCGCAUACCACCGCUCGCCCCAAUGGCUUCAAGAGCAACCUCUCGACUUGGCACCACAAGCUCUAAGGCCGCGCUGGUUUUGGCCUCCCCGCUAUCAUGGGUGA